CUGAAGAAUUUGAUUAUCAAUACUCUUCAAAUUGUAGUUCACAGAAGAAUUUGAUUUUCAAGCCAUGAACGAGAAGUUCAAGAAGGACGAGGAAGAGAGACAUUGGGCGAUACCUAGAGCUAAGCCUGCAUAUAACAAGGAUGAAUUCUUCGAUACAAUUUCCUGCAAUUCUCUUGAACGUGGAUCAAGGAAUGGACACAGCCGUUUCUCUAGGCCAAUGAAAUUUGGCUCCGAGACAAGCGGAGGCCUUCCACAUAUGGGCGGCAAUGUUGGCUAUGGCGUUAGACGCGGGUGGCUCUUCCUUCCAAUGGCGGCGGAGAAUAUGGUGGAGGCCCCAUUAAUGAGAACCAAUAGGGCCGCGCCAACAAAUAUUCGGUCUUUCACCACAUAGCAUUCUCCUUCCACCCACCCCUUCCCAUACUCUUGUCCGCUGCUCAUGCUGAUUGCUCCACUCAUCAUUACCACCGCAAUUCCGAAGCUGGCCCUG